GGGCAGCGGGCGGCACCAGCCCAGCAGUCGCUAGUGCGCAUGCUCCCGCCGCUCGGACACGCUUGAUAAUCAGCCAAUUGCGAGGAAGGCGGAGUCUGAGCCUGCACCUUCCCCAGGGCCCAGGCAGCACGCGCCGGAAACACGUCACGGGCCGCAGCCCGGAUGUUACUCUUGGGGCCGGUUGCCGGUUCCCGUGGCGCUCCGUGGUUUCCGAUCGGUCGCGGGGGGCGGUUGGCUCGUCUGUCUCUGGCGCGUGCGGCCGGCGGGGGCGGCCAUGUCGUAUCCGACCGUCCGGAAGGUGGCGAUGGUCUCGUGCCUGGUGCUGUGCGUCUCGCUGCUCCUGCCUCGGACCUUCCUGUCCCGGGGCGGGAGGCAGGAGCCCGGCAGCGCGCCGCCUACCCCGCCCGAGGGGAAGACAAGUCGUUUUCCACCAAUGAUGCGUCACCAGAUGUCCCCCGAUGACCGGUCUUCUGGUGCCCAUUUUCCAAGGUCUCACCUGGCAGAGGCAGUUGCCAAGGCCAAGGGUGGUGGAGGAGGAGGCGGCAGUGGGAGAGGUCUGGUGGGGCAGAUCAUACCCAUUUAUGGAUUUGGAAUCCUGUUAUACAUACUGUACAUUCUGUUUAAGCUCUCUUCCAAAGGAAAAACCACUACAGUGGAGCGGAAAUCUCCUUCUCCUAUACCUGGAAACAUGAAUAGGAAAAUCACUGACUAUGAGCUCACGCAACUACAAGAAAAGCUGAGAGAUACUGAGGAGGCGAUGGAAAAAUUAAUCAAUAGAGUAGGACCUAAUUGUGACAGCAGGGCCCAAAAUGUUACAACAGACCAGGAAAAGAGAUUACUCCAGCAGCUCCGAGAGAUCACUAGGGUCAUGAAGGAAGGUAAACUCAUAGAUGGCAUCUCCCCAGAGAAGGAAGCUGAAGAAGCUCCUUAUAUGGAGGAUUGGGAAGGUUAUCCAGAAGAGACCUAUCCUGUCUAUGAUAAUUCUGAAUGCAUCAAGAGUAGACAGGACACAAUCCUUGUGGAUUACCCUGAUCUAAACGAGCCCUCUGCUGAAGAGAUAGCUGAAAGAAUGGAGGUUAUGGAAGAUGAGGAUUAUUUGUGUAGUGAAACUUUACUGUCUGCUCUCACUACAGAGUGUGAAAGCCAUGAUAUAGGACAGAAAAAGGACCAGCAGAUCAGCUUCAGUGACCAAGGUGGUGUCCUCCAUCACAGCCAUAACUUUGAGAAGUGCUACUGUUGCCACUAUGAAGAGGAUGAUCCUGCUGUCAUCGCAGAGAAUGCUGGGUUCCAUGCUGACAGCUGCAGUGAGGCUGAAGACACAGCCAAAGAUGAUCUCUCCAUGGAUUCUGACAACGAAAAUGCAGGACUGAAAAGCCAAAAAGCCAAUGAUAUGGAUGCAGUAGGCAUGCUGAGAAAGCGAAACACAAAGGGACUUGAGUAAUAGGGACCACCAUGUGUGGCUAUAGCAAGAGUCCUCAAACUCUCACACCUGUGUUCUUUGUUUUUGACCCACAUUUAUCUUCUCCAUUUCCAGCACCACCACCUGAACUGGAAGCUAAUGGCCUUCUUUAAAUUACUCCAUUAUUACCUCCAGCACAUGCUUGCUAGAGACUGCUAUGAAUGGGAACAGAAGAUUAUUUUGUUCCAAUAUCCACACUCUGUCUUUACUUAAUCCUGUGUGAUUACUGCCUCUGAAUAACCACCUCUUCCUCUGAAAUGUUAGCUGCACUGUAGUGUCCUGCCUUGCCAGUAUUAGGAAUGGACUUCCUGCCUCGAGCCUACCUGCUGCCUUUGACAGCUAUCAGUUAUGAAAACAAGACCAUUUGCAUCAGAUUAUUUAGGAAGAUGGAGAGGAACGUGUUAAGUUUCGUAGCUUCUCUUUUGCGCUGAAGCAGAUGGUAAGUAUCUUCUCACCUAACCGGCAAGGCAAUCUGCAGGGACAACACGAAUGACCAAUUCCUUUUUCAACCACAUUGCUGUCACAGUAAUUAAUUAAUAUAUACGACACAACAGGAAAUGCAUUCCUUGACCAUUGGGGCACUCUGGGCCAAGUACCUGCAUGCACUUUCAGAAGUGAAACAGUGUCUCAGGGCUGCACGUGCUCACAUGCCUUUAUCAUGUGGCUCCUUAAUUUAAACCUCUCACAAAGCGUCCACUAAGGUUUACACUGUACGUUAUUUAUGACAGCAGCCUACUGUGAAAAUAGUCCAUCGAAGGGAAAAAUCAUAGUGAAAACACUGUAAACUCUUUUCUUCUUCUAUUUAGAAUAUAUUUAUUUUUACUUUAUUUUUAAGUGCAUCCAUUGUAAAGAGUUGUGGUCUCUUUAGGACUCCGUCUUGCUCCAGCUAUGUCUUGAAUAGUUUGAUUACUUUCUGAGUAUGUGUCUCAACAACAGUUAGCACAGGCCUCACGCAACAGAGAGGCUGAAGGGAAGGUGGCUCUUAGCCUGCUCCAAGUUCUGGUGGGGGCAAGGGUUGCUUAACUUACUGCGGCUCUAGAGCUCCCGCUAGGCCCCGUUCACCUGGGUGGGGAUGCACACAAGGCACGCCAGACAUGCCCACGCCUGGCCCCUGCACAGCCCCAAGCACCUCCCCUACGUCAGGAGUGGUUCGCAUAGAGCCAGUCACUUGGAACAUGUGGAUGCCCCUUCACGACAGGGUUCCCGUGGAGCAGCUUUGUGCUGCUACUGAAGGUUUUUUUGUUUUUUUUUUCUCACCUCUACUUAAUGAAGCGUUAAGCUGGAGCAGUAAUGGCAGGUGCUGUCAGGUACCAGACCAGAAGUUGUUUCAUGCGCCCUGCCCGCUAAUAUUGGCAUGUGCUUGCAAACAAAUGCUCUAAUGAGCUGCUUGGUCUCUUGUUUGCCUCGAUGCCCAGCUGCUGAAAAGGGCACUGUUUUCAGUGGCAAGACAUUAUGCCACUUCAUUUAGGGAAUAUGCUCCCACCCUUUACAAGCGGCAUUUCUUUCUCCAUGUAGCUCCAGCAUCAGUGCUUGUAAAAUACUUUAUUAGCUGUACUAACAGUUGUGUGAAAAGCAAAUACUCCAGGGGAGGGAAAGGCAGUCGGGGGACUGUAGACACUUCUGGCUGUUAACAUACAUCUUCAUAUAUUACUCCUGGGGGACUUCUGCGCCACUGCGUGCUUUUUUUUCUACCCACCAAAAAUAACUUUUGCCCACCAGGGGGCACUGUGGCACUAGAAUUGAGCAGCCACUCCCAGCCAGCCCCAGCUACCAUAGGCAAGAGAAUGAACCUGCCUUCUUCCCAGUGCCAGUCAGGAGACAGGGAAUCAGACAGCAUGCGGUUGCUGGGGGGGGGGGGGUCACAGGUGGGUUCAUAAGGGCUAGUGGGGGAGGACAGCUUGUGUUUGGGGCUGAAUGAGGGUGGAGGCUGAGGGCCACAGCGGGGUGGAGUAGGGUUGCAAACUUUCUAGUCACACAAAACCGCCUCUGCACCGAGGCCCUGCCCCCCCCCCCGCUCACUCAAGCCCCCUCCCACUGACACUCGCUCUCCCCGACUCUCACUCGCUCAUUUUCACUGGGUUGAGGCACAGAAUGGGGUGAGGGCACUGGCUGGGGUGGGCAGGCUCUGGGUUGGGGCUGAGGGGUUUGGAGUGUGGGAAGGGGCUCUGAGGUGCGGCAGUAGGAAGGGAUACAGACAAAUGAGGGGUUCAGGGUACAGGAGGGGGCUCCAGGUUGGGGGCCAAGUGGUUCAGUGUGUGGGAGGGGUUCCGAGCUGAGGCCAGAGGUUGGGGUGUGGGAAGGGGUACAGACUCCAGGGUAGGGCCAGAAAUGAGGGGUUCAGAGGGCAGUGGGGUUCAGGAAGGCAUUUGGGUGUGGGAGGGGGCUCAAGGAUGGGGGUGCAGGCUCCAGGAGUGAGUUUGGGUGUGGG